AUGCCCACAAAACGGAAAACCGUUUCUCAAGAACUUCUCAGACAGAAUAAAAAAAUAACAGACACGUUUGAUAAAAAGUUUGCGUUUUUCUUUAGCGUGCGGACUCUGGUCUGUACUGUAUUAUAUCUUCUGGUUUUGUUGGAUUUUUAUGCAUUUGUUGCAAAAAUGAAGUCUAAGAGCUCAGUUCCUGUAUUCUGUCUGCUUGUUGCAGCACUGUAUGUUUGCUGCUUUUUGUUAUUUGUGCAGCCUACUUAUGGCCUUGGUGGAUUUCCUGUAAAGAAACUGUCAAGAAAAAUGCAUAGAUCUUUGGCUGGGAAUCUUGGCAGUGUUGUAGAUUACAGCUCUGCUCUUCUUAUCGUCGUUUCGAAAAAUAAAGGUGAAGGGGAUUUUAGUAAGGUGCAAGAUGCAAUCGAUGCUGUCCCUGUUGAUAACAAAAACCUUAUCUUCAUUCGUGUUCAGCCUGGGAUUUACAGGGAAAAGGUGACCAUUCCUGUAGAGAAGCCAUACAUAAUUCUAAGUGGGCGUAAUGCCAGCAAUACUAUCAUAACAUGGAACGAUAAUGCAGGAGGAACUGGAGGAACAUAUUACUGUGCAACAAUGACAGUAAUGGCUUCCGAUUUUGUAGCCAGAUUUAUCACAGUACAGAAUUCAUAUGGUCCUGGUGAUCAAGCCGUUGCAAUAAGAAUUUCUGGAGACAGGUCUGCGUUUUACAGCUGCAGAUUUGUAGGCUUUCAGGACACUGUGCUUGACGACAGUGGAAGACACUACUUCAAAAACUGUUUCAUUGAAGGUGCUGCAGAUUUUAUAUGCGGUGAUGGGCAAUCCAUCUACGAGAAAUGUCAUCUGCAUACAGUUCCUCUGCUAAACGGAGCCAUUACAGCGCAGAGAAGGCUUUCUCCAGGGGAACAAUCAGGAUUUGUGUUUAUUCACUCUAAGAUCACAGGAGCUGGCUUAAUGUUUCUUGGCAGGGCAUGGGGACCAUACUCCAGAGUUAUAUUUGCUUAUACCUACAUGGAUAAUAUUAUCUUCCCUCAAGGAUGGGAUGACUGGAAUGAUGCUGGUAGACAAAAGACUGUAACUUAUGCGCAGUAUAAAUGUUCUGGACCAGGCUCAAACAGUGCAGGAAGAGUGCCAUGGUCAUUUGAGCUGAGUGAUAGGGAUGCCGCUCCCUUUCUGAGCAACAGUUUUGUUAAUGGUGAGCAGUGGAUCAGGAAAAUGCCCACUCGUUUGAGAAGAGCUACCAAUCUUACUCCCAAAAACGGUUGA